AUUACCAUUUUCAGAUACAAAUAAAACAAAUUAAUAAGAAUAUCGAAGAUUUUUAUUUUUUUAUAUAUCGAACUAUACGAUAAUUUGUUGAAAUGUUGUGUCAUUUAAUCGUUUUCAACAUUAUUUUAUUUACCGUCAUUAAUUAUGAUUAGGCAUAAUUGAAAGAAACAUUUGUAUUUCUUCUUUAAAUAGAUUAUCGUCAAAAGAUAAUAUGGAUGCUAUAAUUUCAAUGACGAGUUUUCAUUUCAUAAUGUCUAAAUUUUCUAAUCUUCUAAUCACAUUGAAACAAAAACUUGACAAAUUACGAAUUGAAAUUCGUGAAGAUAUAAAUAACUUCAAUAAAAAUGAUAACUGGAAUCAACAUAUCGUAACCUCGAAUCAAGAAACUGAGACUAAUACGAAGAUAAAAUCAUAUAUACUUGAUUUGGAAAAGCAAUUAAACACAUUAGAAAAUACUUUUAACGAUUCCUGGCUUCGUAUUUUUUUAUAUGUCAGUAAUUACAUGUGUACAGUUCCUUUAACUGAAGAAGUGCACAAAGAAAUAACAAAAAAUAUUAUUACAAUGCAUAAAAUAACUUUUCCCGAGUACGACGAGAAUAAUUUUAAAUAGAAUGAAAAAUAUCUUUUAGAAGGUAACAUUGUUUUCGAUUUUAUUAUUCCCAAUGAUUUUUCAAAGAUUUACAAUUUUCCAUUAUUUAAUCGUAAUAAUAAAAAUUCGAGUGAUUAAUUUUACGUAACAGAUAUGAUAAACUCCUGGUGGACAAUUUAUUCAUAAACCUUUUAAUAAAAUAAUACUUAACUGUGAAUUACUUUCAUUUUAUUUGCAGAAUAUUUUGAUUUACAAAAUGAAGUGAUAUGUCUUCUAUAAAAUAUAUAAAAUGUCAAAAAAACUAUUGGAAGAAGAAGAGCUUUGCUUGAAUUAAAAACAAUGAGCAAACCAUACAUAUCCUAAAAAUGAUUUUUCCCUUUUUUAUAUUUCUUAUAAUUAAUUAUCUUAUGGAACGACAAACGAGCAAUAAAUCAAGCUGUGAUGUGUCAACGUAAUCAUUCAUUAUUAUUUAAAUGAGGCUUAAUUAAGUGUAGAUAGUUCCUCU